CCAGUGAGAUCUCCAACAGAAGCACUGUCAAGAUGAUCAUCGUAUGGAUUACAUUGUUUUUAAUUCACCAAGGAUAUACUUUAGUUCCAGUGAAAACUGUUCAGCUUGGUGAACCAGCGACUAUAACAUGUGCUAUACCCAAAGAGCUCAGCAGUAGAGGAGUCCACUGGUACAAGCAGAGUUUUGGGGAAACUCUGAAGUUAAUAGUGACAGUAUUCAAAUCUACAGAACCUACUUUUGGCCCUGAAUUUACUAGUUUGAAAUUUGACAUCGGUGAUGAUUUUGCCAGCCUGACCAUUUUGAAAGCAGAUCAAGACGAUGAGGGAAUCUAUCACUGUGCAAAUACAGAAAGGAUUGGAGUUAAAUGGAGUGGGACGUAUUUGUUGGUAAAAGGAAACACUCAGAGGACAUCAAACUAUACAGUUAGUCAGCUGCUGAUAGAAUCAAACCCAGUUCGUUCAGGAGACACAAUGACUCUUCAGUGUUCAGUCUUCUCUGACUCUGACAAGACAUGUCCAGGAGGUCUUAAUGUUCUCUGGGUCAGAACUGGAGCAAAUCAAGCUCAUCCCAACAUCAUCUACACUGAUACAAAUAGAAGUAAUGAAUGUGAAAAAAGCUCUGACCCCCAAAACAGAUGUGUUUUUCGGUUCAAUAAGAAUGUCAGCUCCUCUGAUGCUGGGACCUACUACUGUGCUGUGGCCACAUGUGGGGAAAUAUUAUUUGGAAAUGGAAUUACGCUGGAACUUGAGUCAACCCAGUCAGUAUUCAUUCAGAGCACGAUAUUAAUAGUUUGUUUGGCUAUUUCUGUCACUGGAAAUGCGUUCCUCAUCUUCAACCAACAAGUAUGUAAAUUGCAUAGAGGAAAUGAAGGUGCUUUAUCAGAUAUACAAACUGAAACCUCGCACCAACUUACUGAAGAAGCUGAUGAUGAACUAAACUACGCUGCACUGAAUUUCUCUGAAAGAAAAACAAGAGGAAAACGGAAGAGAGAGGGUGCUGAAGACAGUGUCUACUCUCAAAUCAGUGUAAAGAUGAUUGUGAUGUGGAUUACGAUGUUCUUUCUUCAUCAAGGACAUUCUCUGGUCCCAGUAAAAACCGUUCAGCUUGGUGAAGCAGCAACAUUAACAUGUGCUUUACCCAUUAAAGAAUUCGGCAGUACAACAGUCCACUGGUACAAGCAGAGUCCUGGAGAUGGUCUUAAAUUAAUUGUGACAUUGUCAAAAUCAGCACCACCUGAAUAUAGUCCUGAAUUUUCAAGAAAGAGAUUUAAUGUGGAAAAUGCUAAUCAUUUUUGCAACCUGACCAUUCUGAAGACAGUCCAAAAGGAUGAGGGAAUCUAUCACUGUGGAAUAGCUGAGUGGUUGUAUCCCAUUCAGUGGAGUGAGACAUAUUUAUCAGUAAAAGGAAACACACAGAUGAGAUCAAACUAUACUGUUGUUCAGUGGCCUACAGUAUUAGACCCACUCCAUCCAGGAGAAUCAAUGACUCUACAAUGUUCAAUCAUCUCUGUCUUUGGCAAAGCAACAUGUCCAGAAGAUCUUAGUGUCUUUUGGUUCAGAGCCGGAUCAAAUAAAUCUCAUCCAAACAUCAUCUAUACUGAUGGAAAUACACGUGAUGAAUGUGAUAAUCGAUCUGAGACUCAGAAGAGAUGUGUUUAUCGCUUCUCUAAGAACAUCAGCUCCUCCGAUGCUGGGACUUACUACUGUGCUGUGGACACAUGUGGGGAGAUAUUAUUUGGAAAUGGAACUGCACUGAAACUUGUGCAACCGGCACAAUCAGUAUUCCCUCAAAUGCUAAUAUUAAUAGUUUGUUUGGCUAUUUCGGUCAUUGGAAAUGUGUUCCUCAUAUUCAACUCAAGAGUAUGUAAACCAUUUAAAGGAAAAGAAAGUGCUAUAUCAGAAUCACAAACUGACAAGUUGAACCAACCAAUUGAAGCCGAUGACCAGCUAAACUAUGCUGCACUGAAUUUCUCUGAAAGGAAAACAAGAGGAAGAAGGAAAAGAGACAUUACUGAGGACAGUGUCUACUCUCAAGUUAAAUGCUGAUGCUGAUAUCAGUGGUGAAGAGCCCAUUAAAAAUUAAAUUGAACCUGAAACCUGAUUGCAGAUCUUAUUAUUUGUGACAGGUCUCGUUAUUUUGCUGCCCUGAUUAAAUAGUAACUGUGAGCAAUUUAUUUGCCUCAUCGCUGACAAGUUUGGGCUCUCAAACUAAAACAAAGUCUUGUCACAUUUUUGAAAUCCCUG